CGGUUUUUAAUUAAUUUUCUAUUUCAAAUUUCAUCACCACCUAAUGGUAUAAAUAUUUACUCACCGAAACACACACACACCCCCAGCCGAGCGUUUGGGCCGUUCCUUUCGUUCGACCGUGGAGGCGCAUGGUACGCCCACGCCGAGCGUAAGGUGGCCUCGUCUGCUGGUAGGUACAACUUCAUGCCAUCCAGCUCCACACUACCGGCUCCAAACCACGUCUCCACGUCCAAUGCAGCGAAGCAGCUACGAGGCAAAAUAAAAUUGUCUAUUAUUCAUCAUUUCCGGCAAUCAUCUGGUGUGGCUGAGCAUGUGCCACCCGCCCCGUGAUAGUAGCGCCCAAAGAUGCGGCCGGGUAAAGUGCAGCUCGCCGCCGAGAGUCGUAAAGGCUGGCGUCAUAAAAUGCGUCCUCGUCCUCGUGGCGUCGUCGGUUGGUUUCCUUCUGGCCCCGAGCAUAGUUUGCUCACCACCCACUAUCACGCCCCAAAACCCCACGCCCAGCGAAAGCUGGGUGCGCGAAGGGCCCGGGGGGUAUGAUUUGGUUUGCGUUGGUUUUGUUUUAUUCUGCUGCCGGGUGUUCCACGUGCUGAUGACAUUUAAAGAAAAAGCUGCUUUGAAAAUCGAGCCCAAAACAUCCGCCCUUUACUGGCCCGGGGCGAGAUUUCCGAAAGGGGGAGGAAACACCCCAAACAAGGUGGAAGGAAACAUUAUACCAACGCUCAAUGGACACCGCCACCAACCGGGUACACCCUACGGCGGUAAACACACCAGCCAGUUGGUCCAUUGGCCACAACACAACACAAUGCACACAGCCAAACGCAACUUUGCUCGAGGGAGUUAAAGGGAGACUUUCCCAAUUAUUGUACAGCGCCGACUUACACCCCGUCGUGGGGUGUCCGUCCGUCCAAACGACGUUAUGAUAAUCAACUUCAUUCAAGUUAAAGCUGCUCAAUGAAAGCUGCCGAUCGCUUGGUUUGGUGCGACAUUGUCCUUGUUGGGGGGUUUUUUGCUCCGUUUGCCAGCCCCGAAAUUGGAUGUGGUACCGAAUGAGUGCCAUUUUGUGGCCAGCGGGGAGACUGUGCUGAUGGAGGGAUGGUUUGCCCUGUGGUAGCAAAAUAAGACCACCGCACACACACACACUGGUAGUGCUAGUGGCGAUCAAACGAUACCGAACCGGAGCAUGGUUUUAAUCCAUCUUGUUCUCAUUCUCGUUGCUUUUUCUCUCCUUUCGUUCUUUGAUUUCGCUAUCCAGCUGGUUUAGUGGUGCUAACAAGGUGUUGAGAAGGUUUAGAAAAUGUUUAUUUGCCUUCCCGAGCGGGGAAGAUUGUAUCGUUUAACUACAGUUUUGUUUCAAGUGCAUACUUUUAGGCGUUUCAAUAAAUUUCGUUUAAAUUGCAUAAGCUCAGGCGUAUUCUAUAUACCACCCUGAAUGGUAUGCAUAUCGCCUUACAUUGUGAGCUGUGUAUUAAUUUUUCUAGUUUAUUUUAGUUGUAUUUUCUCAUGUGUCUACGAAGAAAACCUAAGAAAUGGUGAAUGAGCUCUUAAGAACACUUUGCUGUUUUAAUUUGCAACCAUUCUAUGACUGUUCUUCUUUUUAUUUUUCUUUAUUUCUUGCUCGGUGUAGUUUGAUUAAUAAUUUAUUUUAUUUUUUAUAACUUUUUGUCUUAAUUUAUACAAAGGUUCACUUUUCCAAUCAUUUUUCAAAAUCAAUUUGAUUAUGUCUAAUGUUUUAAAAGGGUUUUUCUGCUAACCAAUAAAGCUCUUUGAAGCAAUACACAAAAUAAUUUACCAACGUAUAGGCAAUUGCAACACACACACACCCAAUCUUCCCUUGCCCCAAAAAAGAACCAAAAGGCGGUGGCUUUAAAAAAAAAUCUAAACAUGAAAAAGCACCCCAAACCACCGCAACGAACUGUGGAAACUGCUACCCCAAUCGACGAUAUAAACAAAAAUAAAUCCCACCGACCCUCCAAUGCCUAUCGUUCGUUCGCCUGACGGCGUCCUUCGGCAAUUCGGCAUUCGAACGUACGGCGGUGGGCGACCACGAUUUCAACCAAACCACGUGGACCUGCGACCGUACUCGGGCUUUCCCACAAUUCUCUCUAUCUCUCUCGUUGCCUCGUUUCUUCAUUUCGCUUUUUAUUUUAUUUCAUUUCCCUUCGCACGUAUGCGAAUCCUUCUUCUGGUGGAGUCGGUGCGAUUGAAGUGUGUAGUGCCGAGUAGAAGUAAAACCGAAAAAAUAUUUCCAAAAAAAAACUGCUCCAAAACACAAACACAGUGCAGUGACAUGAUGCCGAGCAACGAGAACAUCGAGCGUCCGACUUUUUCCCGGCGACUUUUCUGUGUCACAACCGGGGGCGGGCUGGAGGUUAUGCCUGGCUUUCGCUCGGUUCCUCUCCCUCUGUCUCUUUCUCUCUCUCUCCCGCUCAUCUUCGGCUAGCUCACCCAAGAUCGAAGAGACCGCACCGCACCCCCAGCAAGGACGCAAGCAAACCAGGUCGAAGGUAGGCAGGUCGAUUCGCGCGCCCGCUCGGAUGCCCGAACGGGGACGCACCAACACAUGCGCACCGCUCGCACCGUGCGGCGGAUGUACCCCGGUUUGCCCGGACACGGCAACGGAGAGUUCGGCUUUCGCGUGUGCAAGCGAAUUUGUCGAACGCAGGGACGAACCGCAAGAUCAGUUGCCGCAGGAAGCUCGGCCCGUGACAAUCGAAAAACAAUACGCGCUCCCGCGCCGUGCUCGCUUCGGCCACGCUCACGUGAAAGCGGGGCCCCGGGGAGAAAACCCGGGAAAACCAUAACGCGCUUUUGUUCCGCGAACGGAAGGCGAAAGGAACGAACCAAAAGAAGGAGGAAAAAAGAACGAAAGUUCCGAGUUCAAGCUACCAAAAAAAUCCACCAAAACAGCAAGCAUAAGGUGUGCGUGAAUUUGCGUGUGCGUGAAGGAUAAAAGCAAAACAAUGUAAAUCGUGGAUAGCUGGGUGACUUCGAAUGUGAUGAAAUUGGAAAACGAAAACGGCAAACGCCCAACAGUGAGCUUUCGUGGUUAGUGAGCAAAACUCCCGACAAGAAAACAAACCAAACAACCAAAUCAAUUCACCGCCAAAAGUGCCCACCCGUGAAAAAUUGGGAAAUAACCCGCGUUCCUAAACGCGGCUGAUAAGUUAACAGGCACACAUGGGCACACAGCAGCCCCGGUGCCAGCUGCCCCUCAACCGUGAAAGGAUACGGUGAGCCAAUUUUAUAAGCACAUCGUGCCGUCGUGCCUCCAGCAGCAGCAGCAGCAGCAGCAGCAAACGUAAUGUGUUCCAAUGCGCUAAACCAUGGAAAUGGUGCGGGCGGAUGGGAAUGAAAAAUUAUGUCCUGCACCCCGGGGGGCGGUAACGGUGGAAACGGUGCGCGCGGUUGGGAAUGAUUGCUAGUAGGUCGAGCCUCCACGUGUGAUGCUGCUAUUUCUAGUAGUGUUGGUGUGUGAAAGUGUGUUAAAAAAAGUUGUGCACAAGUGUUAGAUUAUGCGUGUGAGAUGCUAAGAAGUGCGCUCUUCAACGUACCAAAAUAUCACCAUUCUAGAGGCAACGAGAGAUUGUAUAUAAUUAGACCGGACAAAUAUUAUCAUUUUGUUGAUCGAAAGCAACAAAACCAAACAAAGAGUGAACUAUCAAAAGUGCAUUUAACAGCAACGUAUCAGCAUCACUGCCAAGACCAAGACAAACGAGCGUCGGCAAACGUGUUAAAGUUUUCUGCUUCCAACGAUUGUCCCACGCAAUGCUGCCUGAACCAACCUCGAACCCCUACCGCUGUCCGUGGUCGGUGCGGCCAAAGACCGUCCACAUCCGGGUGAGCGGUUGCCGUGCGUGCAACACCAACCGAAACCGAGUUGCGCAAUCAAAUUAACCCUCUAAACUCUGACGCCACUCCUCCCACCCAACAACCCGACCGGAUGUGGGGUCGGUUCGCGGUACGCCAGAAACGACAGCCACAAAACGGAAGCAGCAGCCCGUACAGCCUCAGUGGUGCCUCAGUGUCAAGCGUGAACGAUGCGCAAAAGCCCGAACAGCCUGUCGCCCAUUGCGAUCCUACCGAACACGCCGCCGCCGGCGCGUAUCUUCGCCCAGCCGGAAACACCCACGACACCGCUAACGGAUGGCGCCCACUCGCCGACCGAACCGAACGGGGGGCGCCCGGUGGUGGUCGAGCUGCCGACACCGCUCGCGCGCCCGUCUUCCAUCCGCAGUGGUUCCGGGUCGGGGCCACAGCUACGCUUCAGCAGCCUGCUCGAUCCGGGCGACAUUACGCCCAUCACGUCGCCCCUGCCGAGCGUCACGUCCGGCAUGGCGGAUGGGUCGAUCUACACGAUCUUCGGCGGGGAAGGCUCGAGCGUUGGGCGGCGCCGCAGCUCCCAGCUCCUGCCCAACAGUACCAGCAAUGGUAGUGCCACCAGUGCCACACCGGCAUCGGCCGGCGCCGGUUUGCUGCCGACGACCAACGGGUCGGCCGUGAACUGUAGCAGUAUUAGCACGAGCCUCAGCCAGCCCGCCCCGGCUACCAGUGUCAGUGCCUCCCAAGCCAACAGUGCCAGCGCCAAGUCGCGCUCCCGCCGCUCGUCCGAGCUGUCGCAGCAGAACUCGAUGAAGUCGCACGCGUCCGCCGGCUCGCGCAAACGCAGCUCCCAGGCUCACAUCGAGCUGAACGGGCCGCCGGUUCGCGAUCGGCCGCGCUGUCUCAAGUCGUCGUUCUUGAGGCGCAAGUGCAAAGAGUACGCAGAUGAUGACGACGCUACAACCUCGGGCAUAACGCUGGAUGAUUCCGAUAAACGCGUGAUACGGCUGAACGAACCACAGGUUCAAAAGUACUGUAACAAUCAUAUCUCUACCGCUAAAUAUAGUGUCCUUAGUUUUCUACCUUCGUUCCUGUUUGAGCAGUUCCGGCGGUACUCGAACUGCUUCUUUCUGUUGAUCGCACUGCUGCAGCAGAUACCGGAUGUGUCGCCUACUGGUCGGUACACCACGCUCGUGCCGCUGAUGUUUAUACUCGCGGUGAGCGCAAUCAAGGAAAUCGUCGAAGACAUCAAGCGGCACCGGGCGGACGAUGAGAUCAACCACCGCCUGAUCGAGGUACUGCAGAAUGGCCAGUGGCACACGAUCAAGUGGCAGGAGCUGUCGGUCGGCGACAUCGUCAAGGUACUCAACAACACCUUCUUCCCGGCCGACCUGGUGCUGCUGUCCUCCAGCGAGCCGCAGGGCAUGUCCUUCAUCGAGACGUCCAACCUAGACGGCGAGACGAACCUGAAGAUCCGGCAGGGCGUACCGACCACCAGCCGGAUCCUGGAGACGAAGGACUUUAGCCAGUUUCGCGGGACGCUCGAGAGCGAACCACCGAACCGGCAUCUGUACGAGUUCAAUGGCGUGCUGAAGGAGCAUGACAAACAAGCGGUUGGCCUCGGACCGGAUCAGCUGUUACUGCGAGGUGCCAUGCUACGUAACACCGCCUGGAUAUUCGGCAUCGUUAUCUACACCGGUCACGAUACGAAACUUAUGCGAAACUCUACCUCAGCGCCGUUGAAGCGCUCAACCGUUGACAGACUGACAAACACGCAAAUUCUAAUGUUAUUUAUCAUUCUGAUCAUUCUGUGUAUCGUGAGUUGCAUUUUCAACCAACUUUGGACGAAAAGACAUUUUCAAACGGACUGGUACUUAGGCAUCGGCAAUCUUUUGAACAAAAACUUCGCCUACAAUUUGCUUACGUUUAUUAUUCUGUACAACAAUUUGAUUCCCAUAUCGCUGCAAGUUACGUUAGAGCUGGUACGGUUUCUACAGGCUAUCUUCAUCAACAUGGACAUCGAUAUGUACCACGCGGAAUCGGACACACCGGCAAUGGCGCGCACCUCCAACCUGAACGAGGAGCUCGGCAUGGUGAAGUACGUGUUCUCGGACAAAACUGGCACGCUGACGCGGAACGUGAUGGAGUUUAAGAAGUGCAGUGUGGCGGGCUCGAUAUACUCGAUCGAGGACACGCCGGCCCAGUCGCGAUUGGUACAGAACAUCCUCAACAACCAUCGCACGGCGCCUACAUUGCGCGAAUUUCUCACGCUGAUGGCGAUCUGCCACACGGUCAUCCCGGAGAAGCAGCCGGGCGACAGCAUGAACGAUAUCCAGUAUCACGCCGCCAGCCCGGACGAGCGGGCCCUGGUGUACGGGGCGAAGAAGUUCGGCUACGUCUUUUACACCCGCACGCCAACGUACGUCGAGAUCGAGGCACUCGGCGUGCAGGAACGGUUCGAGAUACUUAACGUGCUGGAGUUCACCUCCACCCGCAAGCGCAUGUCGGUGAUCGCGCGCAACUCGAAGAGCGAAAUCAAGCUGUACUGCAAGGGUGCGGAUACGGUCAUCUACGAGCGGCUCGCACCGGAGGGUGUCGCGUACCGCGAGUCCACCCUGAGCCACCUGGAGGAGUUCGCGACGGAGGGGCUGCGCACGCUCUGCUGCGCCGUGUCCGACAUCCCGGACGAUGUGUACGAAGACUGGAAGCAUACGUACCACAAAGCGUCCACCUCGCUGCAGUACCGCGAGCAGAAGGUGGAAGAUGCGGCCAACCUGAUCGAAACGAACCUGCGCCUGCUCGGUGCGACGGCGAUCGAGGAUAAGCUGCAGGACGGUGUGCCCGAAACGAUAGCGUCGCUGCUGGAAGCGAAGAUCAACGUGUGGGUGCUUACCGGCGACAAGCAGGAGACGGCCAUCAACAUCGGCUACUCCUGCCAGCUGCUGUCCCAUUCGAUGGAUUUGAUUUUAUUGAAUCAGGAUUGUUUGGAUAACACGCGCAGCUGCAUACUGGAGCACACCUCCAAUGGGCGGUUUGAUAAUGUGGGCCGCAAGGAUGCCGCACUGAUCGUGGACGGCAAAACGCUUAAGUACGCGCUCAGCUGCGAUUUGCGGCGCGAAUUUCUGGACCUGUGCAUCUCGUGCAAGGUCGUGAUCUGUUGCCGCGUGUCGCCCAUCCAGAAGGCGGAAAUGGUGGACCUGGUGACGAUCAGCACAAAAUCGGUCACGUUAGCGAUCGGGGACGGUGCGAACGAUGUCGCCAUGAUACAGAAGGCGAACGUGGGCGUCGGCAUCUCCGGUGUGGAAGGUUUGCAGGCGGCCUGCGCGUCCGACUAUUCAAUUGCGCAGUUCAGCUACCUGCGAAAGCUGCUGCUGGUGCAUGGGGCCUGGAACUACAGCCGUAUGUGCAAGCUGAUCCUGUACAGCUUCUACAAAAACAUCUGCCUAUACGUGAUAGAGCUUUGGUUCGCGAUUUAUUCUGGAUGGUCCGGUCAAAUAUUGUUCGAACGAUGGACAAUCGGUUUAUACAACGUGUUUUUUACUGCGCUACCACCCUUCGCUAUGGGACUGUUCGAUAAAGUGACAUCGGCGGAACAGAUGCUAAAAGAACCAAGACUUUACGCGCCGUCGCAAAAUGCCAAACUGUUUAACGUCAAAGUGUUUUGGCGCUGUAUCAUUAACGCGCUGUUCCAUUCGAUGAUACUGUUUUGGUUGUCGUACAAGAUCUACGAAAAGGAUGUCAUCUGGAAGAACGGACGCGAUGGUGGAUAUUUAGUGUUAGGCAACAUAGUUUACACGUACGUAGUCGUGACGGUGUGCUUGAAGGCGGGUCUUCUUACCAACUCGUGGACCUGGUUGACCCAUUGCUCUAUUUGGGGCUCGAUACUGCUUUGGUUUAUAUUUAUAUUCAUUUACAGCAACAUUUGGCCAGCAUUACCGGUGGGUGCGGUUUUCACGGGCAUGGACGAUAUGGUCUUUACGACGCCAGUGUUCUGGGCUGGACUACUGUUAAUUCCACUAUCCGCACUGCUUUUCGACGUGUCUUGGAACGCGUACAGAAACUCUAGAAAGGAUAAUAUACUAACACCACCACUGAAGGAAUCCAGAUCUUCAUUAACCGAAACUGCACGGCUUCUGCGAAAUGUACGGCGGGUCUUUACCGGAAGAUCACACACGACCGAAAAUAAAGAACUAGAACUGAAGCACGGGUACGCCUUCUCCCAGGAGGAAGGUGGUUCGGUGACGCAAACGGACGUCAUCCGGGCGUACGACACGAACCUGCCAAAGCCGGACGGCAACUGAGCGUGUCGCGGAUGCGCGUACUGCUACGACAGCUACUUUACCGUCUGCUGAGAAGGCGCUACUUCCGGUCGCUGCCGCAACCCACCGCGUACCAUCGGUUCCGGUGCCGCCGGCCGGGCCAGCAGCGCUCAUCGUUCGUCGCUGUAUCGGUGUAACCGGUAUUCGAGGUGAUGUGUAUAGUAUAAAGGAUAGUGUGAGUGUGUGCGUUCCGUUUAUUUUCCCCAUUUUUGGCCAAAUUACUGUUUCCCAUUCCCGCACUUCACGUCUCACGGGUAGGAAAAUGGGGAACGACGUUCAAAGGAGGGAUAUAAAAUAUUCAAACAAACAAAAAAUGAAGAAAACAAAAAAUCAGGAAACACACUAUUUACAAACACGAUGUUAUGCAAACCAACAGCCAACAAAACACACAAAAGGGAAUAUGUAAUAAUAAGAGAUAUGGUUCAGCCCUCUUAUUAGAAAACAAAAAACAAAAACAAAAGUUAUAUUUUUUCACUGUCGCAACGACACGCAACAAUUGACAUAAUAUAGAUGGAUUGUGUACAAUAUGUAUGUGAGUGUUUGUGUGUAUAAUGAUUGUGUUAUAUAUGUGUGUGUGUGUUUGUAAUGUUAAAGUACGACAGCAACCAAAUUUAUGAGCACACACGAACACAUCCGCAUAGUGCUAAUGGCAGAUAACGAAAAGAAUUAAAACAUAAACGAAUGGCCACUAUUCGUUAGCUUUAAGACACAGGGUACAUCUAGUAUAUACUUAUAAAUGGUUAGACUUUAGCAGACUUAAGCCACGCCUGGAAACGGAAAACCCUGGUGUGCUGUCCCGUUGCGGUAGAGAAAGGUAACGGAUUAUCAACUAUAAAUUAACACACUUUUUACACCUUUUACUACAUUUGCUUUGUGAUGUACUAAAUUCUUUUUCCCUAAAUUUUUAAUUGUUGUUGUUUCUUUCUAUUCGCUACUAUUUUUUGGGUACUGUUUGUACUGUUUUACAAAAUUUGCAUUUUUUUCCUUUAUUUCUUUUCUUUAAUAAUUUCUUCAGACUUAUUUUUGAUUGACUUUUAUUCUAUCUCAAUUACAUAUUAUUUGAUUAGCUCAUCUUAACUAUCGAUGUUAAAAUAAUAAAAAUUAACAUUAACAUUGAGCAACCAAUUCGUCAAGAUAGACUUGAAACAAACAAAAAUAAACAUGUUUAUACUAAAACGCACAUACAUCUGAAAGCUAUCAGCUGUUUCGUUCACCUCAAUCCCUUUGAAACGAACAGCAUUUACUAAGUACAAGUUAAUUAGUACUUUCAUGUAAUUUUGACAAUUGGAUUGACCGUUCGCGCUGCGAUCGAAGCUGUCAGUUGUCUUGAAAUGGCGUCGCUUACUUUGUCAUGUCAUGAGAACAUGUGCUCUAAUGACCGUAUACUUAGUGCUUGUUUUAAGUGCCACACAAGUGUAACAACAGCUUGAACCUAACCCAAGGUAUAACAUCGAAUGAAAUAAGGAGCGCUGGUAUGAAAUUUUGCAAAAAGGGCUACUAUUUUUCUAUUACACGUUUCGCUAUAACCAACAACAAUAGCAUUUGGAUUUUUUUAACAACCAUUUUAACAGAAAGUUAUUAUCAUAAAACCCACCUUUUCAACAUAAGAACAUAUCAGAUAGCUUGAUUUAAUUUGAAUGUUUAAACUAUUUCACAAAUGUGUUGUUAGUUUUUUUUUAUUUAUUUCAAUUGCAAGUUUAAAUUGAUUCGAGCACAAUAUUAAACAACAGACAUACUCUUGAAAUGACGCUUUUUGAAAAAAAAAACAUGAAUAAUGGUAAAGAUGUGGAAAAUUUUUGCAAGGAUUUGAAUGUAAUAACUUUGUAACCAAACUUCAGUGUCUUUUUUUCACGUGUUGUGAGCGCGACGAAUAAGAGCGCAAAUGGCGACGAAUAAGAGUAAGGAAAUGGAAGAACAAAAACCGCUAGCAUAUAAGCAAACGAUAGUAUUACUGUACUUUAUUUAUGUAUAACAUUUCCCUCUAUCUCUCUCUUUCUCUUGCUCUAUUUUUAUCUUGAAAACUCUAAAACUAACUGAAAGACAAAUCGAUCCAGACGUGCCCAAAGGCAAGAUAGUCCGCGGUAGUAGUACAUUUUGGCUAGCAAAUCGAUUAAUGGAAACAACAAAAUGGUUUUUGGCUAACAAAAUAAUGGAUGAUGGAAUUAACGAAAAAAGCGAUUAAAUGAUUCCAACCACUAACAACCAAAACGCUAACAUGGUAUUGUCAUAUUUUUUAAAUCUGCAAGUAAAAGUUAACAAAAACCGUUACAAAACAAAUUACAGUUUAUAUAUGAUAUUGAAUUUAAUCUAGUGCAGUGUUCUAGUGUGGCAAAUGGCGUGAAGUGAUGAACAAAAAUCAGUAGAAAGCAGAGAAGUAAGCAACCAAACCACUCCCUAUCUACAGCAAUGUGCACCUCUCUCAACUUAUCCAUAGGAUCAUAGAAUUGAUUACAAUUCCUUUUCAACAACUACAAAAGACGAUAGCUCUCAAACAAACAACAAUAGUGUCGCGAUAAAACUAGCGUGUGGUCGAUUGAUCGGCACAAGCUUCUAGUAACUUCAAACCUAACUAGAUAACAACUAAAGUAAAUAUUUCCGGAGCUUGUAACUGUGGCAAAGAGAACUGGCCCUCAGCUACCACUACAAAACUUAACUACCAAAGAGACCAAAGAAAGGGUGACGCUGCAUCUUUGAUGUGUCGGCUGAAGUGUCGAACCUAUUCUCUAACUUUGUGGCCGAGUAACGAGUGUUUGCAGAAAUAAAGGAAAAACAAUCACGAAUUAUACUUAAUUUUA